GCACCAGACACACAUGCUUCAGUCAGUGGAGAGCCGUCAGUUCUCAGCUCGCAGGAGCGCACGAGGAGGAUUUAAUCAUCUGUCAUAUUAUACACGAGAGCAGCACGAGAGCACGAGAGCUGAGAUCCUGCAGAGAGGGACGGACGGAGAGCGUCUCCACGGGCUGCUGAUGAGCAAAGAGAGGAGGUCGGCCAAAAGAAGACAUCAUGAGCGACCAGUUCGACUGCAAAAACUGCAAGGAGUCCCUGAGCGGACGCAAAUACAUCCAGGUGGAGGACAAGCCUCACUGCAUCCCCUGCUACGACCGCCUGUACGCCAACACCUGCCAGGAAUGUAAAGAAAUCAUCGGUCAUAAUGCCAAGGAGCUAUUCUACGAGGACAGACAUUACCACGCACACUGUUUUCGCUGUUUCCGCUGCGACCGCUCGCUGGCAGACGAGCCCUUCACCAGCCAGGGCGACGCUCUGGUGUGCAGCGACUGCUACUGCAACGAGUUCUCCUCCAAGUGCGCCGCCUGCGACAAGAUAGUCAUGCCAGGAUCGAGGAUGUUGGAGUACGACGGUGCCGCGUGGCACGAGGACUGUUUUACUUGUCACGGCUGUGAGAAGCCGAUCGGUGCCGAGGCCUUCAUCCCCGACAAAAACAACUACUACUGCGUGCCGUGCUACGAGGGCAGGGUCGCUCCUCAGUGCAGCCACUGCAACAAGGCUCUGACUAAAGGAGGGGUGACCUACAAGGACGAGGUGUGGCACAAGGAGUGUUUCGUCUGCACGGGCUGUAAAGCUCCUCUGGCUGGUCAACCCUUCACCUCGCAGGGCGACAGUCCGUACUGCGUCAAGUGUUUCAGCAGCCUGUACGCCAAAAAGUGCGCCGGCUGCAACACGGCCAUCACAGGAUUCGGAGAUGGGAAGUACGUCUCUUUCGAGGACCGGCAGUGGCACCAGCCGUGCUUCAAGUGUUCGCGCUGCUCCGUGUCGCUGGUCGGCUCCGGCUUCUUCCCCGACCGCGACCAGAUUCUGUGUACAGACUGCAACAACGACGACUGACCGCCAAAACUAACCACACCUGCAGACAUCAGACACUGCUGACCGACACCAGCAGACAAACAUCUAAACCUCAGCCUGGCACAUGAACACUGCAGCACCACUAACUCACUCACGGUGUAAAGCUGAAACAAAGCUCAGUAUUUACAGCUCAAAACUCUCAUCAGCUUUCAGCACAUUCAAAUGUUUGUAUAAAUUCGGCACAAGUGUCUCAUUGUUGUCUUGUGUAUGUGUGUGUGUGUGUGUGUGUACGACGUUUUUUCUUUAUUUUUUAUGUUUUGCACAUCAAAGACUAAAUAAAAUAUUCAAAAGAUACAUGGAAAACUUUAAAUUAAACCGUUUUAAACCAUUUCACAACACUUUUCUUUCAUGACUGCUAGAUAGAACCAACAUUUGAAUGUUAUGACCUAUGCUAAGGCAAACAUAUUUAUACUUUAUAUACUUUAAAAAAGCUUCCAAUUUAUAGUAAGCUUCCUCCUCCACUGCUUGUCUUAUACUGUAUGAACUUAUCUGCUGAAACAAACUGUUGGAAAAAUGUAUAUUUUGUUUUCUUUUCAGCUUAGACAGUCUUUACUAGUAAACAUGCAAUAAAAAUGUCAUAAAACAAAGA